AUGCCGCUAUUCGAAAUAGUGGCCACGAACAACGCUCAAAACAGGACGAUAUGGAACGUCAAAUCCAUAGCCGCCUGUGACACCACGGUAGAAGAGCCAAGAGCCAAGAAGAAGCAGGCACAAUGCUACAGGUGCCUCCAACCCGGGCAUGUGGCACGCUACUGCGACAGGCCGCAGAAGUGCGUCAGGUGUGCGGGAGACCACCGCAGCGACGAGUGCCCUGUGCCAAGAGAAGAGCCAGCCAAAUGCUGCAACUGUGGGGAAGCGCUCCCGGCGAGCUACGGCGGGUGCAGGACCCUACUUGACGCAUGGGCCAGACAGGAGGCAACACACAAGAAGCCGGGAACGAGCUACGUCGACAUGGCGAAGAGCCGCCGCCGCCAGCCGAGGAACACCCCCAGCACGAGCGAAGCGGUCCACCAGCCCAGCAGGAACCCAGAAGCAGUACCAAGAAACCAGGCGGAAUCCACGCAAGCACCGCGACCGCUGUACCGCCGCCGCCUGCAGAAGAGGCCGAGAAUGGAAGAUCAGCAGAUACAAGACCUCGACCACCGCAAGCAGCAGGAAACCACAGCAGGUGCAGAAGCACAACAAAACGCCAACACAACAACCACUAGAGAAGACGCGGCCCCACAAGCACCCACAGCCGCAGACAUCGCCUCCUCAUGGCAGUCAUGA